GAUUUAGAGAGUAUAAUAUCAAAAUCUCAUUCUCUACGAGAUCUGAAAUAAAAACGAAGAACCGGCGAAAUGUUGUUCUACUCAUUCUUCAAGUCUCUUGUGGGUAAAGAUGUGGUUGUCGAACUCAAAAAUGAUCUCAGCAUAUGCGGUACAUUGCAUUCUGUAGACCAGUUUCUCAACAUCAAACUUACAGAUAUCAGUGUCACAGACCCGGAUAAAUACCCCCACAUGCUGUCAGUGAAGAACUGUUUCAUCCGAGGGUCAGUUGUUCGUUACGUCCAGUUGCCACCAGAUGAGUGCGACACACAGUUGCUGCAAGAUGCUGCGAGGAAAGAGGCAGCUCAGAACAAGACGAGAUGAUGGGUGUGUGAAGAUUGCAAGCUUCAAUCUAUCAGUGCCUCAUUGGGACUUUUGUCAAAACUUUGAAUAAUAUGAGCCAUUCUCAGGGAAAACAGUGUUUAAUGCAUGUGCUUUACCCAUUUAUGCCCAGUGGACUAUCCCAUCCUUGUAAAUUGGAUCGAUUUAUUUUCAAAACUAGGGAUGUCUAGUAUAUUUAUUUCUAUAUUUAGAACAAUUCUUACAGAAAUUCCUUUAAGCAAACAGCGUAGACCCAGAUGAGACGCCUUAUCAUGCGGCGUCUCAUCUGGGUUUACGCUGUUUGCAGUGUCCUUUUUUCAGGACGCUAGGCAUGAAUGGGUUAUGCAGUUUCAAAUUAGCCUGUGUAGUCUGCACAGGCUUAUCAGGGACAACACUUUUGGCUUUGAUUACAUUUUUUGUUACAAGGAAUCCUGCGAAAAUACUGUGUAGGCGGAAAGUGUGAUACUUGAUAAGCCUGUUCAGACUGCACAGGCUAAUCUGGGAAGACACUUAAAGCACAUGCAUUAAACCCCAUUUUCCCAGAUCUCUGAUUUAAAUUCAUCUGUGCCCCAAUAACUCUGUUGUAGAAACUUCGAAUAAUAUUUAUCAUUGUUAGAAGAGUGCAAAAAUAUUGCCUAAGAUUCUUGUCUGAAGAUUUGCUAAACAAAAUAUAGGGCUGAGAUUUAAAAAAAAAUACCUGUUAGAGGUGCUUGGAGGAUGAUAAAAUGAAGUGUCUGACAGCUAUGUGGUUGGAAAAAUGUCUGACAGCUACGUGGUUGGAAAAAUGUCUGACAGCUAUGUGGUUGGAAAAAUGUCUGACAGCUACGUGGUUGGAAAAAUGUGUGACAGCUACGUGGUUGGAAAAAUCUCUCUGUUCGGAGAAUUCCUUUUGAACUGUACUAGACUUUGAAUGUAUCUAUAAGAAUAAUAGAACAAGUAAAGUACCUAUAUGGAAUCCUGCAUUCAGUAUGUGCUCCAUAACUUUAUUUCAUUAGUACAAUUUAUUUUAUGUAAAUAAAAGAAUGCUACUGUAUGCUACUCUAUAAAAUCAACAAUAGCCAAUAAAAAACACUUUGGGUGUGUUUAUUUGAGAGAGAAUUGACAAAUGAAAAAUGGAAAUUAAAGGGUGGGACAUAUUUGUAAAGGGUGGAGCAUUAAAAUGAAAAGGACCCUGUCAUUCUGCAUUAUAAAUUCCUCAUUACUAUCUAUGUGAAAAUAUGCUGGCAAGAUUGACAAUUUUAGCAGAUUAAUUUUCUCAAAGAAUAAUAAAAAUAUUUGUGUGAAUUUGUGUUACAGAUUCUGUGCGUAAUUGAAGUUAAAAUCAUUAACUUUCAUGAAAUAUUACCAUGGCAUGUUAAGUUUCAUUUUAAAUGAUGGAAUGUUUAAUCUAUGUCGUGUAUUUUAUUAUAUUUUAUUCAAAAAAUCAUAACAUAUGAAGUAUGGGCUGAAUAAGAAAGUUAAACAAACUAAAAAACACAAUGACAAGGGUAGUUUUGGUCAGUGAAAUGAAAGCCUAAAAUUCCCAAAUUUACCCCCCCCCCCCCCCCAA